AUGCCGAGUCUUUGGGCUAGCAAUCACCUCGGCGAUGCGGUUGCGGAACUGAGAGUUGGUACGCUCGACUUUCCUUCGCUUAUGGAACCUGAUAUACACAUUCACGUGGAGAGUAAGCUGGACUGGGUGACUUUGCCGGAAGGCGCGAAGACGGCGCAAAGAAGCCAUGAUUACAAGAAGUCGUGGCCCAAGAGCAGUCUGAAGAGGCUAGAAAUUUGCCUAAAGAGAGCGGAAGAAGUGAAAAGAAGGAGGGCUGCUGCGAUGAAGGAGAGUGCCCAUGGAACGAGUGAAGACGAGGUGACUAAAGAUGGGGUCGUGGCUGUGGAGGGAAGUGGGGAGGGUGACAAGACGCCAACCGCGGGUGAUGUGGGGGGCGACGAAGAUGACGAGGCUGAGGAGCAGAGGUUCAGAGAGACUGAGAAGGCGUUGCUUGAGCGGCUGGAGCGGUUGAGCUUGAAACUGCAGAAUGAGGAAGGAACGAAAAAGGUGGUAGAGACGUGCCUUGAGGACGCGAACAAGACCUCAUAA